AUACUCACAACAGUCACAACAGUCGAGCGUAAAACCCCGCCGUUAAACCGUUUCCGAAAAGAGGAACAAUAAUAAUAUUAAUUAUUAUUUGGAAUAAAUGAAUAAUAUUAUUAAUAUUUAUAAUUUCUCGUAAUGAUGACGAUCGUCGAACAAAGACCGAUGACGGUGAUUGUGUUACCGUAUUAUACAAUAGCGGUGCAACAUAAAUGUAAUUUGUGAGUGCUUUGCGAAUACGGGUGAAACAUGAACUUCGUCGUCGAUUUGAACAACAAGACAGCCGGCCGUGACAGAAUAGCGAGGUUUGUUCAAUAUGGUUCAAAAACAACAUGGCAUUAUAUGGAAAAAAAUGACUUUAAUGAUCAAUCAAUCAAAAAAUUUAAGCAACUCGAACAGUCCUUGGCAGCUUUUCGAAAAGUAUUAAGAUUUGGCCGCUUUAUCGAUUCAUUGCAUACUGCACUGCGGACUGUUAAUCAUUCAGAUAAAACUAUAAGGUUUUGUGUGACAUUUUCAAAGAUAGCUCAUUCUUUGUACUUGUUUUGUGACCAUUUUUUGUGGUUGAGUAGAAAUAAUUUAAUACAAAUAAAUGCUACAAGUUGGGGUCAAGCAAGUAAUAAGUAUUGGUUAUUAUCUAUAGUUCUAAAUCUUGUCAGAGAUGCAGUGGAGUUGAAUAAUUUAUUUAAAGCUAUCCUGAAAAAAAAAAUUUUAAACACUCUGAAUAGAAAAGUAGCUCCUAAAGAUGUGUUCACUGGUGAAGCAGUCCAAUUUGUUCGUAGCCAUAAAGAUUUGUUAAUCGAUACUGUAAAAAAUAGCUGUGAUGUAAUGUUACCAUUGACAAAUUUAGGAUUAGUUAGGUUGAGUCCAGGUACAAUAGGUGUAGUUGGUAUGAUAUCAUCACUGCUCAGCUUGUACACAUUAAUAGACCAGAAAGCCAAGUUACCUUACACGUAAAUUAUUUGUUGUCAUUUAAGUAUGAAAAUAAGAUAUUAAUUUAAAUUUGGAUAUAAUAUCUUAUAACU